AUGCCGCCAAAAAACAAAGGAAAGAAAGGAAAAGCGAACGAUGAUGACUAUUGGGAGACUGCUGGUGUGUCAGCGGAGAACUACAACGCUAUCAGUGACAAGAUCGGGAAAUCUGAUGAUGAUCGCAUGCCCGUCUACGUAACCGCGCAAGCUGAGGAUGAGUUCCCGGAGCCGGACCAAAAGACAAAGAAGAAAAAGAAGAAAGGGAAGAAUGAUGAUGAUGUCGCUCCUGAUGCCGCCCCAACUCCCGCACCCGUACAUAACACCACUGCUACGGUGCUCGAGGAUGAAGAAGACGGUGAAGGAGCUGAUGCUGGGGAGUCGGAUCCAAAGAAGAAGAAGAAAAAGAAGAAAGGGAAGAAAGAUGAGGACAUCGCUCCCGCUGCUGUCCCGACUCCGCCACCUCCCGCACCUGCAAAUAACGCCAAUGCUACAGCACUUGAGGACGACGAAGAUGGCGAAGAGGCGGGUGCAGGUGAGACGGACCCAAAGAAGAAGAAAAAGAAGAAGAAAGGAAAGAAAGAUGAGGACGGCGUUCCUGCCGUUGCCCCAACUUCCGCACCUGCAAAGAAGGCCAAAGGCGGCCUCGGUGCCCUGAAGGCUAUGAUGGAGGAGAAGAAGCGACUGGAGGAAGAGGCGCGAAGAAUAGAGGAGGAGGAACGGAAACGUAUAGAGGAGGAGGAGAGACAAGCAGAAGAGGAGGCAAAGCGCAAAGAAGAGGAGAAACAACGGAAGAAGGAAAAGGAAAAGGCAUGA